CGAGCAGUUAGCUGGUAGCGUGGAGUUGAAGCAGCGGCGGACCGAGAGGAGGUCGCUGUGCUAGAUCUUUUAAAAGUUACACAAACUCGCAGGUGAACCGACCCAGCGUGUGUCGUUUACAUGGUGACCGACCACGGACUCGGAGGUAACUAAAACGUCGGUAUGAAACAGUCGUUAAAGGCGGGAAACAACCACAUUUAGCUCGGGCUCGCGGACUUCUUUUGCAUGGUCUGCUAGCUAGCUAACUGUUAGCUUUUUUUUAGAAAGAAGCUACUUCGGGCUAGCUGGCUAAGCGAGGUCCAGCCCCACACACACACACACACACACACACACACACACACACACACACACACAGAGAGAAAAAGUUGUUUACCUCGAGCUGUGGAUGUGGUCUCCCCUCGAGUUUUUCUCCGUUAAAGAGCGAAAGGACCAAAGUCACACGCUGGAUUUAACACCCGGGAACUAGCAGGAUGUCCGCGGAGGUCGAGAGCAGUCGGGUUGACUCGGGUCUGACAGCGGCCAGCUCCGGCGGAGGAGCGGCGGAGGACAGCCGAAACAAGACGGAGGAAGAGGAGAAGCAGCCGCUGGUGGACGGCCACGGCUCCGAGGCGAUGAAGAGUCCGACGGACUUGAACAAGAAGUGUAAAGAGAACGAUAAAGAAAACGAGCAGAGCAGCGGCGGCGGCGCGGACUCAGCUGGCGAGGCGGUGAAGAGGAAAGUUGUUGAAGCUCCGCCGCCGAAAGUAAACCCCUGGACUAAGAGGACUACAGGCAGGAUGCCGAGCAACAACAUCAACUCCAGCUCCCAGGAGAAAGAUCAACAAAACGCUCUGAAAGUCGUCCGUGCCAGCAAGCCCAGAACGAGAAAAUCCAGCAAGUCAGGUGACUUCAGUGAUAUCACAAACUGGCCCACACCUGGUGAACUGGCCAAAGAGGAAUUUAAGAGGCCUGACGAAGGAUGUAACAACAGAACAGGCAAAAAUCAGCAACAAAAUGUCCUAAACAACAACGGAAAGAAGCCUCCUGCCUCACGCAGAGAGAAGGAGAAGAGGAGGGAGCGUACGGAUAGGAAAUCAGAGAGCAGCCAUGACGGUGGAGAGAGCAAAGAGAACCAGGAGGCUCAGCCGGACCCGCUGGGUGAGCUGCCCAAAGACGGAGAGUCCAAGGCGGGACAGGAUGCCAAGAGUGCCGCCCUGAAGAAGCGAGGAGGUGAGGGUAACAAACGUAAGUGGGUUUCUCUGCCGCUGGAGGAAGCGUCCCGGGACGACGGCGACAAGACGCACGGCGGGGACACAGAGCCAGAACCUGACCCCACGUCGCCCAAUCACACACUCCAUAAUAACAGGGCGCAUGAUAGCAGCAGGAGUUGGAGAAGAGAGCAACGGGACUUUGGGGACGAUACCGCCAGCGUCCGAAGUGACAGUGGGAGCGUUCGGGGAGGAAUACGAGGCCGAGGGAAAGGGCGUGGGCGCGGGAGAGGUCGCGGGCGAGGCCGUUAUGAAUACUCUCAGAGCUUCCGGGACUCUCAGUCGUCUGACGGCUCUGCUCAGGUCCCCUCAGAGUUUGGCACCAACAUGGUUUACUACUACGAUGAUGGCAACAAGGUCCAGAUGUACACAGUGGACGAAAAGCUUCUCAAAGAAUACAUCAAACGCCAAAUUGAGUACUACUUCAGCCUCCACAACCUGGAGCGAGACUUCUUCCUGAGGAGAAAGAUGGACGCGCAGGGCUUCCUCCCCAUCUCCCUCAUCGCCAGCUUCCACAGAGUGCAGGCUCUCACUAUGGAUAUCAGCCUCAUCAUGGAGGCUCUGAAGAGCAGCAAAGAGGUGGAGCUGGUGGACAAUAAGGUUCGCUGUAAAUCCGACCCCGAGCGCUGGCCCAUCCCCAGCCCUACCGUCGUGGGUUCCCCUCGGACCGACUUCUCCCAGCUCAUCAAUUGUCCCGAGUUUGUUCCUCGGCAGACGCUCAACUCCGCCUCAUCGCCUGUGACAAAGACUCCUCCUGAGUCUGCUGAGCCCGAGGACUCAUCUGAGCCCAGCUCCUCCAGCCAGGAGUCACUCCCAGCCGCAGACGCCUCCAAAGACGCCCCCGCCCCGCAGCCCGACCCCGACGCCUGGAUCCAGGUGGAGAAACGCCACCGACAGCCCCCCGGAAAGACAAAGCAUUCAGUCAGUGAUGAUGUGUCUGCUGUCAGCCCUUCUCUUCCCUCAGAGCUUCAAACCGACCGCCUCCCCUUUGCAGAGCGCGGCGAGACGGCACCACGCAGCCACCAUGCUCCUCCGCAGGCCGAGCCCGACCAGGAGGAGCUGGACUUCCUGUUCGAUGAAGAGAUGGAGCAAAUGGCGCCGAGGAAGAACAGGUUCACAGAUUGGUCAGACGAGGACGACUCGGACUAUGAGAUGGACGACCAAGACGUCAACAAGAUCCUUAUCGUCACCCAGACCCCUCCCUAUAUCCGUAAGCACCCCGGCGGCGACCGGACGGGCAACCACGAGUCCAGAGCGAAACUCACCACGGACCUGGCUAAGGCCAUCAACGACGGGCUGUACUACUACGAACAGGACCUGUGGAAGGGAGAGGAACAGAUCGAGUGCAGCAAGCAGGAGGUGGAGAACUUCAAGAAGCUGAACGUGAUCAGUAAAGAUGAGUUUGACACUCUCACCCCCAAAGUGCCCGUUGACCCAAACCAGGAAGUCCCGCCUCCUCCGAUGCCAGUGGACAGUGGAGCAGAAUUGGCCCGUUCUCUGCCCACAACGGUCCCAGAGUCACCCCACACUCACCAGCCCCGAACACCCAAAACGCCUCGCACCCCCGGACGCCAGGACCCCAACAAGACUCCUCGCUUCUACCCCGUCAUGAAAGAGAGUGGCACCAUCGACGGCCAGACGCCGAGGAAGAAGAAAACCAGCCACAGUUCGAACCCUCCUCAGGAAGCCCACAUCGGCUGGGUGAUGGACUCCCGUGAACACCGGCCGCGCUCUGCAUCCAUCAGCAGCUCUAACGCCUCCCCAUCAGAGGGAGCCCCGCUGACAGGAAGUUACGGAUGCACCCCCCAGUCUCUGCCCAAAUUCUGGCAUCCAUCCCACGAGAUGCUGAGGGACAACGGCUUCACUCAGCAGGGAUACCACAAGUACCGCCGACGGUGCCUUAACGAGAGGAAACGGUUGGGGAUCGGCCAGUCUCAGGAGAUGAACACUCUGUUCAGGUUCUGGUCCUUCUUCCUGAGGGACAACUUCAACAGGAAGAUGUAUGAGGAGUUCAAACAGUGUGCGCUGGAAGACGCCAAAGAAAACAACAGGUACGGACUGGAAUGUCUCUUCAGAUACUACAGCUACGGUUUGGAGAAGAGAUUCAGGUUAGAUCUGUUCAAGGACUUUCAAGAAGAGACCCUCAGGGACUUUGAGAAAGGUCAGCUGUAUGGACUGGAGAAGUUCUGGGCCUUCUUGAAAUAUUCUAAGAUAAAGAACCAGCCCAUUGACCCAAAGCUGCAGGAACACCUCUCCCAGUUCAAGAACCUGGAGGACUUCAGGGUGGUGCCCCCGAUGGGAGAGGAGGGAGGCAGGAGAAGACGUCACUCAUCCUCGGCCGGGGAUGAAGGGAGGCGUCGGCGACAUCCUUCCAACUCUACCUCAAAACCCACGCAGGCCUCCAAAUCCUCUAACGCCGCCGCUCACCCCGCUGCCGCCGCCACCACCACCGCUGCCGCCGCCGCUCAGAACACACCCAAAGACAACGCCCAGAAAGCAGCAGCAGCCACCGCCCCGAGGAAAAAGGCCGAGCCCGGAGCCGCGAAGAAGGAAAGCGUUGCACCAAGUAAAUGAAGCUCCCCUCCUGUAGGUGUGGGUUCGGAUAGAAGAGGAGUAGAGCGAGGCGGCGAUGAUGAUGGCGACGGCGGCGGAAGCAGCUCUGAGCUCAGCGUUCAGUCUUCUCAGCGGCAAACUGUUUGGGCAUGAAGAGCGACUGAGCGUGGUUGACUUAAAUUUGACUGUUUUUAUCUGUGCAUUUCAUUUUAAAAGCAAAAACAAGCAUUGGCAGUGAGCUUGAAUCUGUGCGCCUGACAGCUCGUAACGUUUACAAAGAAAAAACACAAAAAAAAAAAUGCAUUCCCUGCAUUUUGCCUUUUUAUUCUCUCGGAUGCCAAAAAACUUCCUCAACAACCUGUUGAUCUCCACAAUCUGUAAACAGCUCUGGUCUGUAAAGAGCUCUCUCAGCCUUUUGUUUUUUUUUUUUUUUAAACUGUGAUUGUAGUUUGCCAAGAUAAGAGAUACUGCAGACAAGUCCUGUGUGCCUUUUAAUCUGAUGAUCUGAGAUCUGCUCUUUAAAGUCUUCCCAAUCGAUUAUUUUGGGGGUUUUUAAUGUGUUUUUAAAAACUGACACCACUUGCAGGUUUUUCUUUUCUCGAGACAUAAAUAAAUAUCCUCAGUAUUUUUUUUAUUUUAUUAUCAUGACAAUCAAGUUGACAGCUGCAGUCAUAAAUUUGUGAAGGACUGACCCCGAGGCAGCUGCUCCCUAACAGAUGUGCCCUGAUGUUUUUUUUUUUUUUUAAAGUCUGACUCACGAAGGCUUCACAGCUUAAACUUCAUCAUGUCGGUUUUCGAUUUAAAAAAAAAAUAAUAAUGACAAAUUUUUAUCUGGGAAGCUUUAAGUCCCAUUUUACACCCAGAGGUUAGUAUAAUUUAUUGUUUUUGUUUUUAUUUUUCCAUGUACUUGAUUUGAUGGAAUAGUCUUCGGUAAUCGUUGCAGUUUUUAAUGGCUUUUUGCUAUUGAAUAUGAUAUAUAUAUUAAAAAAAAGAGGAAAUGUUUCUGCUGGAAUUAUGGGUGUGAGCUAGCAUCAUAAAAAAAACUACAGUAUAUUUUAGCUUGAAGGUUUACUUCAUAUUAUGUUUUGAGGCUUAGUGCUCCAGAAGCACUUAAAUCUUUCCUUUUACGUUAUCAAUGGACUUAAAAGAGGUUUUUAGAGUUGAAUUUUAAAAGAAAAAAAAUGUAAAUACUAUAAAAAAUCAUUUGCUAUUCAAUUAUUCUUUUUUGAUUUUAAGAAGUGAUUUUUGUUUUAUCGGUAGUUUUGGGGUUUGUUUUUUUUUGAGUGUGUUUUUAGGAUAAAGCAAUGCAUGUUAAUGCCAGAGUCUUGAAUUGUAAAAUGCAAAAAAAUAUAAAAUAACAGUUGAUUGUA